ACACACACACACACACACACACACUGAACUCUAGCACUACGAUCACAACCGCCACUCCCCUGAGAGCAAGUGUAGGAAGAUGGAGAAGGGGCUGGGAUCUGGUUCCCGAGUUGCUCAAGAGCAGUCAGGGAGACCGCACAGAACUCCUGAGUCCCAGAGACUGGAAAGGCUUGGGGCGGAGCCUGGAGUGGGGGCUGCCCAGUGAUAAGAGGCGGGCGGAUCUUGCUGGGAGGGCUGGGAGGCUGCUGUCACUUUAUGAGUCCGCAGCCCAGACAGAGAGUAUCCCUGCUGCCAGCGGACCGCGGCGAGCUGGGCGCAGGGCCCCCUCCUCUAGCUCACCACGUGGACCCGCGCCUCCUCCGGCAGCCGCGGUGGCGGCGGCGGCAGAGCCUCGCCCUCUCCAAUCCCCACCCUCUCCAUCCUUAGCUGGUAAAGAACAGUAGCGCCUGGCACGUUCCUGGAGGACCCCGGGCGCAGAAGGGGAAAGAGAGCGGGCGCAGGGGGACUGGAAAAGCAGCAUGCGCCCCCCGGGAGCAGUCUCGGCGCCCGAGGUCUGAGGUUGAAGCCCCCGUUCGCCAUUGUGAGCCGCCGCAGGGGUAUCCAGCUGGCGCCACAGUGCCCCCGGCUCCCCCUCCGCGCCGCGAUGGGGCAUCUGCCCACGAGGACGCGCGGCCGCCUCCUGCCUCUGCUCUGGCUCUUUGUGCUGCUCAAGAAUGCUACAACAUUCCAUGUCAGAGUCCAAGAUGACAACAGUAUCGCUGUCUCUUUAGAAGCUUCAGAUGUGAUGAGUCCAUCAUCUGUGUAUGUUGUGAAGAUAACUGGUGAAUCAAAAAAUUACUUCUUCGAAUUUGAGGAAUUCAACAGUACUCUGCCUCCUCCCGUUAUCUUUAAGGCCAGUUAUCAUGGCCUGUACUAUAUAAUUACCCUGGUAGUGGUAAAUGGAAAUGUGGUUACCAAGCCAUCCAGAUCGAUCACUGUGUUAACAAAACCUCUACCUGUAACCAGUGUUUCAAUAUAUGACUAUAAACCUUCUCCUGAAACAGGAGUCCUGUUUGAAAUUCAUUAUCCAGAAAAAUAUAACGUUUUCACAAGAGUCAACAUAAGCUAUUGGGAAGGGAAAGACUUCCGGACAAUGUUAUAUAAAGAUUUCUUUAAGGGAAAAACAGUAUUUAAUCACUGGCUGCCAGGGAUAUGUUAUAGUAAUAUCACCUUUCAGCUGGUAUCUGAGGCAACUUUUAAUAAAAGCACUCUUGUGGAGUACAGUGGUGUCAGUCAUGAACCCAAAAAGCAUAGAACCGCCCCUUACCCACCGCAAAAUAUCUCAGUUCGUAUUGUAAACUUGAACAAAAACAACUGGGAAGAACAGAGUGGCAGUUUCCCGGAGGAACCGUUCAUGAGAUCACAAGAUACAAUGGGAAAAGACAAACUGUUCCAUUACACGGAUGGAACUCCUGAAAUUCCCUCUGGCAACAUUUCUUCUGGUUGGCCUGACUUUAACAGCAGCGACUAUGAAACCGCAUCCCCACCAUACUGGUGGGACAGCGCAUCUGCAACUCCUGACAGUGAAGAUGAAUUUGUCGGUGUUCUUCCCGUGGAAUAUGAAAAUAACAGUACGCUCACUGAGACUGAGAAAUCAACAGCCAGUUCUUUCUCUAUUUUCCCUGUACAAAUGAUCUUGAGUUGGUUACCACCAAAACCACCCACCGCCUUUGACGGGUUCCAUAUCCACAUAGAAAGAGAAGAAAACUUUACUGAAUAUUUGACAGUGGGUGAAGAAGCACACGAAUUUGUCGCAGAACUGAAGGAGCCUGGGAAAUACAAGUUAUCAGUGACAACCUUCAGUUCCUCGGGAUCUUGUGAAACGCGAAACAGUCAGUCAGCAAAAUCACUCAGCUUCUAUAUCAGCCCUUCGGGAGAGUGGAUUGAAGAACUCACCGAGAAGCCCCAGCACGUGAGCGUCCACGUUCUGAGCUCCACCACGGCCCUGAUGUCCUGGACGUCUUCCCAAGAGAACUACAACGGCACCAUCGUGUCUGUGGUGUCACUCACGUGCCAGAAACAGAAGGAGAGCCAGAGGCUAGAGAAGCAGUACUGCACUCAGGUGAACUCAAGCAAAUCUAUUAUUGAAAAUCUGGUCCCUGGUGCCCAGUACCAGGUUGUGAUGUACCUAAGAAAAGGCCCUUUGAUUGGACCACCUUCAGACCCUGUGACUUUCGCUAUUGUUCCAACUGGAAUAAAGGAUUUAAUGCUCUAUCCCUUGGGUCCUACGGCAGUGGUUUUGAGCUGGACCAGACCUUACUUAGGAGUGUUCAGAAAAUACGUGGUUGAAAUGUUUUAUUUCAAUCCUACUACAAUGACAUCAGAGUGGACGACCUACUAUGAAAUAGCAGCGACUGUCUCCUUAACUGCAUCAGUGAGAAUAGCUAAUCUGCUGCCAGCAUGGUACUACAACUUCCGAGUUACCAUGGUGACGUGGGGAGACCCAGAACUGAGCUGCUGUGACAGUUCCACCAUAAGCUUCAUAACAGCCCCAGUUGCUCCAGAAAUCACUUCUGUGGAAUAUUUCAACAGUCUGUUAUACAUCAGUUGGACAUAUGGGGAUGACACGACUGACCUCUCCCAUUCUAGAAUGCUCCACUGGAUGGUUGUUGCAGAAGGAAAGAAGAAAAUUAAAAAGAGCGUAACACGCAAUGUCAUGACUGCAAUUCUCAGCCUGCCUCCAGGAGAUAUCUACAACCUCUCCGUAACCGCUUGCACUGAAAGAGGAAGCAAUACCUCCAUGCUCCGCCUUGUCAAGCUAGAACCAGCUCCUCCGAAAUCACUCUUUGCAGUGAAUAAGACCCAGACUUCAGUGACUUUGCUGUGGGUGGAAGAUGGAAUAGCUGAUUUCUUCGAAGUCUUCUGUCACCAACUUGGCUCCAGUCGGGAAACAAAACUCCAGGAACCGGUUUCUGUUUCUUCUCAUGUUGUGACCAUCUCCAGCCUCCUUCCUGCCACCGCCUACAACUGCAGUGUCACCAGCUUCAGCCACGACAGCCCCAGUGUCCCGACAUUCAUAGCCGUCUCAACCAUGGUUACAGAGGUGAAUCCCAACGUGGUAGUCAUCUCGGUGCUGGCCAUCCUUAGCACGCUGCUAAUUGGAUUGCUGCUUGUUACCCUUAUCAUUCUGAGGAAGAAGCAUCUGCAGAUGGCUAGGGAGUGUGGAGCAGGAACUUUUGUUAAUUUUGCAUCCUUAGAGCGAGAUGGAAAGCUUCCAUACAACUGGCGUAGGAGUAUAUUUGCUUUCUUAACCCUGCUACCCUCAUGUCUUUGGACUGAUUAUCUUUUGGCAUUUUAUAUUAAUCCUUGGAGUAAAAAUGGUUUAAAGAAGAGGAAACUGACUAACCCAGUUCAACUGGAUGACUUUGACGCCUACAUCAAGGAUAUGGCCAAAGACUCUGACUAUAAAUUUUCUCUUCAAUUUGAGGAGUUGAAAUUGAUUGGACUGGACAUUCCACACUUCGCGGCCGACCUUCCCCUGAACCGAUGUAAAAACCGUUACACGAACAUCCUGCCAUAUGACUUUAGCCGAGUAAGAUUAGUCUCCAUGAACGAAGAGGAAGGUGCAGACUACAUCAAUGCCAACUACAUCCCUGGGUACAACUCACCCCAGGAGUAUAUCGCGACGCAGGGGCCACUGCCUGAAACCAGAAAUGACUUUUGGAAGAUGGUCCUGCAACAGAAGUCUCAGAUUAUUGUCAUGCUCACCCAGUGCAACGAGAAAAGGAGGGUGAAAUGUGACCACUACUGGCCGUUCACAGAAGAACCCAUAGCUUACGGAGACAUCACGGUGGAGAUGCUCUCAGAGGACGAGCAGGACGACUGGGCCUGCAGACACUUCCGGAUCAACUACGCUGAUGAGAUGCAAGAUGUGAUGCAUUUUAACUACACCGCAUGGCCUGAUCAUGGUGUGCCCACCGCGAACGCUGCAGAAAGUAUCCUGCAGUUCGUACACAUGGUCCGACAGCAAGCUAAGAAGAGCAAAGGACCCAUGACCGUGCACUGCAGUGCUGGAGUCGGGCGGACAGGAACGUUCAUUGCCCUGGACCGGCUCCUGCAGCACAUUCGGGAUCAUGAGUUUGUGGACAUCCUUGGGCUGGUGUCAGAAAUGAGGUCAUACCGGAUGUCCAUGGUACAGACAGAGGAGCAGUACAUUUUCAUCCAUCAGUGCGUGCAGCUGAUGUGGACGAAGAAGAAGCAGCAGUUCUGCAUCAGUGACGUCAUCUAUGAGAACGUCAGCAAGUCCUAGUUCAGAGUCCGGAGCAGACAGGAUGUGAUGAGCACCCAUCCACCUUGCUUCCAGCGUGGUUUGGGGGCCCUAUUAGCCAUUUGUUAAAAAGAGCCCUGCUUUGUAGUACGUGGCCAAGGAAAUCAUUUCUCUCAUAGAAGCACCGGAAGACUUAGCCUUAAAGAGCCUACAGUGUCUUUUGGACUCUCUCACUUCUGGACAUUCAGUAACGGACCAAGUUCAACCGGACUCCAGAAAGGUCCACACGCUCCGCAAAGGGCAGGAAGGGCAGCACCUGCGAAGAGUUUCACUGGCCCUUUACUGGUCGGGCUGAGUUUGUUGUUGUUGUUUUUAAGUGCAAUAAUUUUUGUAUGUGUGUGACUUCACCAGAACGCUGGAGUGUUUUCUGCCCACACUGUUGAUCAAGUUAGUAGCCCAAGACGGCACAGGCAUUGUUAGUGUCAGAUUAUACCUCAUUGUUAAAAAGAGAAAUGGCCAUUCACGAAGAAAUGGUAAUUCUGCUUCAAGGAAAUCCACCCAGUGCGACCUGUCCUCUGCCAUCGGCCACCGGGUCAGAAGCGGAGAGGGUGGCUGGGGGAACAGAGAGGGCUGCUCCCCGCAGACCAACUGCGCAUCUUUUCCAAAUACGAAAAGCUGGAUUCAGCUUCAACAUAGAGUAGGAAAAAUAUUUAAGUCUUAAUUGUUCUAGUUCUUGAUGUUUUUUUUUUUUCCUCCCCUUAUUAACAAUUCAGUGUGUCGUCCUGGGCCCUCUUAGACUAAUGUCGAUGUCCAGACUUUUUUUCAACAAACCAGCUCUGGUUCAGAAGACUUUGAAGUCAGGCUCUUUAGACUUCGUUGCUGUCUGAGCAAUCUUGGUGCCUAGAGUUUGCAUUCUUGUUUUGUUUUCCGUUGACCUGCAUACGUGUAAAAGCUAUUUCUUUGCGAACUGUAGGCUGUGAACAUGCACCUUCUUUCCCCCGAAGAGCUGGGAACUUACGAAGUUAUGGCAAUGAACUGAAGCAUGCUAGGACAACUAUUUGGCUAGGUUUUUUUGUUUGUUUGUUUUGGGUUUUUUGGUAAUAUUGUCAAGGGUCUCUGUGGAUUCCGACAGCUUUCUUUCUGUUUCAUUUUCUUUGGGGCUGUCAGUUUCAUUUUAACCCAUGUAACUAGUAACAUUUUAUUCUCUGCAUUUUGUAUAGUUACAGUACCUGCUUGUGUAGUGUGACAUGAACGCUGACAAACCGGACACUGAUGGCAUCGUGAAGCCUGUUGCUUUGUGUCACUUCCUGAGAAAUAAGAGGUGAUGGGACGAUACACAAAGGAAAA